AAUGCUCUUAGCAUUCUUUUUAGCGUUUUAGCAUGUUAUGGCAGAUUGCAUUGAAAAUUCAUAUCUCACUUAUCCAAAUUAAGCUGAAUGGGUUUAUGUAUUAAUUUUCUUUAUUUACAAUUAGGCUGUUAAGAGAAUCUCAAUUAAAUUAGAAGGAGAAUAUAUAAUUGGGUAUGGAGAUGAUUAUGAAGUUAAAGAUAAAUCAAAAAUAUAAAUAAAAUAAGUACCAGGAGGUUUAACAUUUGGACCAUCUAAUUUUGAGAUCUAUUGUCCAGCUAUUCAUAAAUUAUCUAAAAAAGGUUUAGUGAAAUGUGAAAUCCAAUUAAAUAUGAAAGAAAUAAAUGCUACUUCUGUUCCUUCUAAAGCAUUGUUUGUAUUUUCAGUAGAAUUAGAUAAUGAACUUAAAGAAAAUCCAGUUUUUUAGAUUGAAAACAAUUUUUAAAUGAGAUUAAUGGAUUUUGCUAAAUAAUUAGAAAAUAUGGCAUAUUAUCUUGAAUAUGAGAAUUGUGAUCAAAUUGUUUAUUUAUUGCCAGAUCCAUUACCAAUCUCAUCAGAACAAAUUAAUUUACUCUAAAAAUACUCAAAAACGUUACCUGAUGAUAGUCCAACAAAGGAGAUAACUGAAUCAAUCAAAGGUUAAUUGUUUGUUGAGAAUUUUUCAAUCAAUUCAGAUUCAAAUACUUAACUUUAUGGUCUUGUAGCCAUAAUUAUUGGUGUAAUAAUAUUGAUAGCAAUCAGAACUUUUAAGUAAAAAUACUUAGAAUAUUUUAUAGCAAAAGGAGAGAAUAAUAGAAGUAAAAUGAUUCUUCUAAACAACCAUUAAAUGAAUAAGAACUAUCAAAGUUAACUUGA